UAAACAAAAUAGUUUAGAAUUAAGUCAUGAUUAAGAUUUGAUAAAGGUAGGGAUUAUAUACAAGGUUUACUGGUUUUAUGUGUACGUAUAAAGUGAUCGUUGAUUGAUCAUAUAGCAUUGGUGUGUCGAUAUUUUUGGUAAAUCAAUAUCAUUUCUAUCAUAAUUUAGGUCGAAAUAUGCGGGUAUACUUGAAUAAUCGACGGCAUGAAUUUAAAAAAAGAUGAGACAAAUAGUGUUAAAUGAUAACAUGAGGUGUCGUCAAUGAAGAAGAGGAAUGUGGAAUGACAAGAAAAUUAAUUAGUAAUAGAUUUAAAAACUUGGGGGAAGAACGUGAUCGGCAGUAGAUAAUGACGUCAUUUUAAAGAAGUCGCAAUGGGUUGUACACAAACUAAAGUAACAGAUACAGCAGACAGUGGACAGUUGAAGCAAACUAAAGAAAAACCCACAAAGCAGUCAAAAAAUAAGAAUGGAAAAACUACAGAUGUUGAGAUUUUAGAACCCGUGAAACCUAAAGCUACCUACGCCAAUUAUCUUAGUUCAUAUGACGGCAAGGUAAAGAAUGAGUCGGCUUGCUCUCUACGAGGGGUAACGUUCAUGCAAAACGGAGACCUUGUUGUCGCAGAUUAUAAAAAUAACAAAUUGAAACUAUAUAGUUCAAAGUUUGAAUUUCUCGCAGAACUAGAGUUACCAAGUGCACCUUGGGAUGUAUGUCAGGCAGCCGAUAACGCAGACGAUAUAUUAGCAACUGUGCCAUACAAAAAAGAAGUACACCGUAUCACCGUUAGCAUUGAAAACAAUAAAGAAAGACUUGUUCCACUGUCAGAAUUCAGAACGGAAGGUUUUUGCUGGGGUAUAUCGUGUUUUGACGGCGGCAUCGCAACGUGUGUCAAAGUGUCCGUUCCAGAGAAAGCAUGGCCGAAACCGCCGGAAUUCCAAGUUCAUAUUCACGAGUUUGAUGGUACAUACCGACGUGCAAUCAUGUUUGACGCAAACAGUGUCCCAUACUUCAAGGAACCUAAAUAUCUCAAUGUUACAUAUGAUGAUUUAUUUCUGUUAAUUUCUGAUUAUAAACAGAACACAGUUAUGUGUAUGAAUAAUGAGGACGAACUAAUUUUCUCGUAUUUGGGAAUGAAAAGUCCAAACGGCAUUGCCAUGGACGAAAACAAAAAUCUUCAUAUUGCCAGUUUCUUUGGUGCACAGAGAGUUCAUAAAGUUGGUCCUAACGGAAAAUACAUAGACGGUCUGCCACAUGAUGAAGAUAGACCAUUGUUUCCUCAUGGUAUAUGUUACAGAAGAAAAGAUAAAAUUAUUGUUAUGACAACUGAUCAGUCCCUGGAAGUCUAUAAACUCGUAUAGAAGAAAGUUAAAAUGUUGAAUAUGUCCGGCAUGAAAUGCUUGUGACUUUUAUGUACACGUAGUAACACUGUAAUCUUAAAUCAUUAUUUAUACUAUUGCAUUUAUUAGAGUAAUUUGCAUUUAGUCAAAAAACAACAACAACAACAACAAUUAAUGUUCAGUUGCAAUGAAAUUAACAAAAUAACUUCUUGCCAGUUAUAGUGACCUUAUGAAAAAGUCUUUGAAUUAUACGCUGAACUAUAUUAUUAUAAUGAUCUGUGAUAAAAUUUUGCUUUAAGAUAUUAUAUCACAUUUACAUAUAUUAUACUUUACCCAUAAUAUUAUAUAUAUUUUUUGAAUAUCUUUGUGCCAAAUUUUAUAAUAUUCUUUUUUUUUAUAAUAAUCUUCAAUGCACCAAGUUUAUUAUGUUGAAUAUCUCCAUAUAUACAUUGGUAUACUGACGUAUUAUGAAAAUACACAACAUAUUCUAAAUAUAUCAUAAAUGUAUUCAAGUUUUCAUUUUAAUGUUACAUCGACAAUGUAAAUAUAGUAUUGAUACAUCACGUUUUUUUUUUAAAUCGGAGACUAAAGCAGCGAACGAAUCUCUAUACUUCUUAUAAGUCAGAGGUCUGUUCUGUUCUGUUGUUGUGAUGUGAUCCACGCCCUCUAAUUGUGUGUUUCUGACGGUUGCUUAUAUCAAAAUUAAACUGACUAUACUUGUCAGAAUAAAGCAUGCUAUUGUCUAUUUAAUACAUUUUAGUAUAAUUUCUUAAGAAGAUUAAAUGGUGAUAAAUGAUUAUUUCAAUCGGACACGUAGAAACAAGGGGAAAAAUCCAUCCUACAUUAGUCUUUAAUCUGGUUGAUUAUGUCCCCUUACUAGUGCACUAUGAUAAAUAGAUGGGCUAUAAAAAGUUGCUCUAUAUACUUUUCUUUUAUAAUUAAGAGUUUCUCAGAAAGAAAUACUCAUCUAAAUCCGAAGUUCAGUAGAUUUGUUUAAGAGUUGAGAUAUUUGUAACGAAAAUGAGAUGGACGGACAAAAAAGGAUUUAAGAUAAUGGUUAAUACCCAACGGCCGAACCAUUAACAUUUACAUGUUAACCAACCGUGGGUAUCCGAAGAUGGGUUAAAUAUGAAAGAUAAAAAGUAACAGAUCAAUUAAAAAUAAGACAUAUUGUUAUACGACAAGAUGUGUGUUGCUAUACAGACCAGGUUAUAAGCUUAUCUAUGUUAUAUCAGAAAUAUUGAUCUCAAUAGAAUU